AUGUGGAAAAACAAAAGAUUUUAUUUACUUAUUUUCGUAUUUGUUUCUUGUUUUUUUCUUUCGGCUCAAUCGUCCCCGAUUUUAACAGUUGAGAAGCUGAAUGUGGAUGACAAACAGCAAGAUGGAAAUCAAACUCCUGUAGUCAUUUGGCAUGGAUUGGGUGAUUCCUAUAAUAGCAUUUCACUCAACAGAAUUGUGAAACGUGUGGAAGAAAUCACAGGUGCUUCUGUUUUUGUGGUCCACAUAGGUGAUUCAGGAUUUAGUGAUUUGAAGGCUGGAUAUAUUGGGAAUGUGCAAGAGCAAAUUGACGGUGUUUGCACUCAAUUGUCUACUAUGAAGGAGUUAAAAGAUGGAUUUCAUGGCAUCGGUGUGAGUCAAGGCGGACUCUUCCUUCGUGGUUUGCAUGAAACCUGCGAUUUCGUGAAAAUCCGCACCUUAGUCACUGUCGGUUCACCACAGAAUGGAGUUUUUAAUUUCCCAGGAUGCUCUGUGAAAAACUUCAUAUGCCAAGCAGCCAGCAAGUCCGUUUUGGCUUUGGGUGCUUGGAAUGCUUGGGUUCAGACCCACAUUGUGCAAGCUCAAUAUUUCCGCACGGAAAAGAACUAUGAGAAGUAUUUAGAGAACAGCCAAUUUCUGGCAAGGAUUAACAAUGAAAUUGAUCACGAGGACAUGAGCUUGUACAAGGAAAAAAUGGAACAACUAGAGAAGUUUGUACUAAUUACCUUUGCUACAGACAGCAUCAUUAGCCCUGUGGAGUCUUGUGGUUUUGGGUGGAAAGAUGAGGAAUCAGGAGCCCCUAUUCCUAUGAAAGAGCAUUUCGGCUAUGUGAACAAUAUUUUGGGAUUGAAAACGCUAGACCAACAAGACAAAAUUACUAGCCUUUACUACCCAGGUUUCCAUUUACAGUUGACAGAGAAACAGGUGGAUGAAUUAAUCCGGACGUAUUUGAAAGAUGAUACAUCAACGAUCAUACAGCAAGAAAUAGAGACUGUAAAUCCCAAAGAAAAUCCUUCUUUGCUUUUUCCGCUAUAUUCAGAGAUGCUUGAACGGAUCCAACGGGUUUCCAAAAAAUUUCAGGAAUCGAGAAUGAAUAAAAAGCUUCAGAAACGAGAUUUUGUAGGAAGCGAGAAUGCUAGUGUCAAAUACUUACAAGACGUAUCAACGGAAACAGACUCUGCUCCCAAAUCGUUUGCAACAGAAUUGUUUAUGACUGUGUUUUCUCACUUCUUCUACCACGUUGAUGAUUUUUGGAAAAGCAUCAUGGAGCUGUUUUCACUGAUUCCCCAGAUUAUAGGUAUAAUGUACCUCACAGUGAUGGUGACCAAUCGCGAAUUGGAUACGUUCAUGCAGUUUGGAGGUCAAGUUACAAAUGAGGUCCUCAACUAUGUUAUCAAAAUUGUAGUAAAACAUCCUCGACCUUCCGAUAUUGUGUAUGGCGUAGGAUACGGCAUGCCGAGCAGCCAUUCUCAGUUUAUGGGAUAUUUCACUGCUUACAUGAUUUCGUGGGUGUACAAGUAUCGAAAGGAAGAAUGGAGCCAUAUUAGUUCUUUGGCAAAGAUGGGUCUCUAUUGUGGAUUAUCUCUAUGCGUAUGCUCUAGUCGUUACCUGCUGAGUUAUCAUUCGCUUUCACAGGUGAUUGUAGGAUUCACGGCAGGUUUUGUAUUUGGCUAUUUGUGGUGCUGGUUUACGGGCCAAUUGCGUCUUUUGGGAAUUACCAAAUGGAUCUUAGAGUUUCCCGCCAUAGAAUGGGUGUACAUUAAGGAUACUCUCAUUCAUAAUAAAGAGAACCACAAGCGGGAAUGGUUAGCGAGUCGGCAACAGAAGAGCCAAAAAAGACUGUAA